AUGGACGAAAAAGUCGACUGCACGCACUCCACCAUCGAGGAUAUCAAGUCCGCUUCCUUUCCGCCGGAUGAAAUCGAUCGAGCGGCAGAGAGAUGGCUCCUAUGGAAAUGCGACUUGCACGUCGUCCCCAUUCUCACUCUCCUGUUCAUGUUCGCCUUCCUGGACCGCAUCAACAUCGGGAAUGCCCGGUUGAUGGGGCUGGAGAGGGACCUGGGCAUGACCGGGCAUGAGUACAACAUUGCCCUGUUUGUGUUUUUCAUUCCGUAUAUUCUCUUCGAGGUGCCGAGUAAUAUGCUCUUGAAGAGGAUGAGGCCGUCGUGGUGGUUGAGUGGGAUUAUGUUUGCUUGGGGUUUGCUUCGCUCUUCUGUGCGAUUUGAUCAGGUGCGGGGUAGAUCCAUCCUUCUUCUCUUGAUCAACGAGGUUGCUGAUGCUGGUCAGCUACUCGCUUACGCCAUCAACAACAUGGACGGUGUCGCCGGAUACAGUGGCUGGCGCUGGAUCUUCAUCCUCGAGGGUCUCGCCACCAUUGUCGUCGCGGUGGUCUCCAAGUUCAUCAUCGUCGAUUGGCCCGAGACCGCCAAGUUCCUGACGGAGGACGAGCGAGCGCUGCUCCUCCGCCGCCUAUCAGAAGACCAAGGUGAAGCGAGAAUGGAUCGUCUGGAUAAGAAGUCGCUCCGGCGUGCCUUUUCAGAUCCAAAGAUCUACCUGGGGUAUGUCCUCCCGUCUUCGACCCUAAAUGAACAAAAAACUGAUGGCUACCCGCGACGAAGACCGCUCAUGUACUUCGGCAUUGUCAACACUGGCUACGCAGUCUCCUUCUUUACCCCCACCAUCCUCAACCAGCUAGGAUGGACCGCCGUCCGCGCCCAGGUCAUGAGUAUUCCCGUCUACUGCGUCGCCACGGUCAUCGCCCUCUCCGCCGCCUAUGCCAGCGACCGACUCCGCCACCGAUACCUGUUCACCUUGGCGGGUUGUCUCAUUGCCACCAUGGGCUAUGUGAUACUGCUCUGCCAGGCAUCCGUGCCCAUCGGGGCGCGCUACUUUGCCGUCUUCGCCAUCACGGGCGGCGGAUACCUGACGCAACCGAUUCUCAUGGGCUGGCUGAGCAACAACAUGGCGGGGCAUUACAAGCAGUCCAUUGCGUCGGCAAUGCAGAUUGGGUUUGGCAAUUGUGGAGGGCUGGUGGCGAGUAACAUCUUCUUCAAGGAGGAGGCUCCGCGAUAUACAACCAGGUACGGGGUGAGUCUGGGGAUGACCUGGAUCUGCGGAGCGGCUUGCGCCUUGUUCUUGACGUACUUGGUGAGGGAGAAUAGGUUGAGGGAUGCCGGCAGAAGGGAAUGGAGGCUGGAACUGCCCCAGGAGGAAGUGGAGAAUCUGGGCGAUGACCAUCCUGCGUUUCGAUUCACAUAUUAA